AUUGGCCGGCGAGCGAGGGCGCUUCCUGCUACGUCUUGCAGCUCGCAAAGGUGUGCAGUUUGGAUGCUGAGGGGGGGCUCGUCGGCGGCCCGCGCUGUGAACACACUGACGGUUUGUGUCGGUUCUGUCGGUCGCCGGGGCAGCAGACUGUGAGCAACCAGCCGGUCAGAGAUGGCGCAGUGCUCCGAGCCCGCUAACGUUAGCUCCGCGGCGAACGGGGAGCCGAGGAAGGAGAGGAAGGUGGCCGUUAUCACCGGCAUAACCGGGCAGGACGGUUCCUACCUCGCUGAGUUCCUGCUCGCAAAAGGCUACGAGGUUCAUGGUAUUUUGCGUCGUUCCAGCUCUUUCAACACUGGUCGCAUUGAGCAUCUUUACCAGAACCCCCAGACACACACUGAGGGCAACAUGAAGCUGCAUUAUGGCGACCUGACUGACAGCACGUGUCUGGUGAAGAUCAUCAACCAGGUGAAGCCUACAGAGAUCUACAACCUGGGCGCUCAGAGUCAUGUCAAGAUCUCCUUUGAAUUGGCCGAGUACACCGCUAAUGUGGACGGUGUAGGUACGCUUCGUCUCUUGGACGCCAUAAAGACGUGCGGUCUGACCAACAGCGUAAAAUUCUACCAGGCCUCCACCAGUGAGCUGUACGGAAAAGUCCAGGAGAUCCCUCAGACGGAAACCACUCCCUUCUACCCUCGCUCACCUUACGGUGCUGCAAAGCUUUAUGCCUACUGGAUCGUGGUGAACUUUCGAGAGGCCUACGACAUGUACGCUGUCAACGGGAUCCUCUUUAACCAUGAGAGCCCGAGGAGAGGUUCAAACUUUGUGACACGUAAGAUCAGUCGCUCUGUUGCAAAGAUUCACCUGGGCCAACUGGAGAGCUUCAGCCUGGGCAACCUGGACUCCAAGAGGGACUGGGGCCACGCCAAAGACUAUGUGGAGGCGAUGUGGCUGAUGCUGCAACAGCAGGAGCCAGAGGAUUUCGUCAUAGCGACAGGCGAGGUGCACAGUGUGAGGGAGUUUGUAGAGAAGGCCUUCAAACAUGUGGGGAAGACUGUUGUGUGGGAGGGAAAGGAUGAGAAGGAGGUCGGCCGCUGUCAGGAGACAGGGGUGGUACAUGUGAAGGUGGACCCCAAAUACUUCCGACCCACCGAAGUGGACUACCUACAAGGCGACAGCACCAAAGCGUAUCAGAAGCUGGGUUGGAAGCCAAAGGUGACUUUUGAGGAGCUGGUGAAGGAGAUGGUGGACGCAGACGUGGAGCUAAUGAAGAACAACCCAAACGCCUGAGGCCAAAUCAAGUCAGUCCAUCCAGGGUGGAAACAUUUGAGCACUCCGGUGUCCUGCCACUGACACCAGCAGUGGAAGGAACAUGUCGUAUUUUUACCUUUAGGACUUUUCCAAAUGAAGUAAUCGUGUCCUUUCCUCAUUGUUUAGGAGGUUAGGGUGAACCAUUCAUUGCCUUUCUGUCUUUGUAUUUUUUUCCUCUGAUAUCAUGUCAUUGAUUUAGUUUGAUUAUCACGAUGCCUUUUAUAUUUCCGCACAGAUCCUGUCAUAGUUUAUAUAAAUGUCAGCUUUUAAGGGUUUAUUUAUAUGUCUUUGUUUCUUUAGAUUGUGGACUGAGUUGAAUUAGAUGUCGGAUCCGACAUUCUUUCUGGAAGACGAUGAAAAUGAAGAAUAUAUAAAUAAAUAGAAUGAACAAAGGUUUUACCUUUUAAUUGGAAUAGAUGAAUCAAUGGGUUUAAAAACGAUCAGACAAAUGAACCAAGUGGUGCAAUAAAGACUGAUCUUUGUA